CCUUUUCCUUUCUCGUCGCCGCCAUUUUGGGCCUGCUGGAAACGGGACUUCUAAGGCGACGCCAUGACAGGCAGCAACACAGUCACUCCCGGGGGCAAGCCCAACAGGACCAGAGUCAUCUGGGGGAAGGUGACCCGGGCCCACGGAAACAGCGGCAUGGUGCGAGCCAAAUUCCGCUCUAACCUGCCCGCCAAAGCCAUUGGACACCGGAUCCGAGUGAUGCUGUAUCCAUCCAGAGUCUAAAUGUAGGCCGCAAAUAAAACAGAAAGUCUUAUUUCACUUUUUGUAUACU